AUGGAGGCUGCCUGCUGUGUGGCCUUCUUCACAUUCUUACGGUGCGGAGAAUUCACAUGCACCACUAACACAUUUGAUUCUUCAAUUCACUUGUGUAUCAGCGACAUUCAAGUAGCACCGGACAGUAACAGCAUGACAUUGCGCCUCAAGGCGUCCAAAACCGACCCCUUUCGUCAAGGAGUCACCAUUCACCUGUUCCGCACCCAUCACCAUGUAUGUGCUGUAGCCGCUGUCAUCAGAAUGCUAACAGAAAGAUUCAUGAAUGGUUGUCGUCCUUCGGACCCCCUAUUUUCCAUUCAUUCUGCUGCCUUGACUCGACAUGUUUUCAUUGACAAACUAAGACAGACCUUGAUCCGACUAGGUCUAAAUCAUUCACUAUACACAGGACAUUCCUUCAGAAUAGGAGCCGCAACUACUGCCGCCCAGUCAGAUGUCCCCGAUCACCUCAUCAAAGUGCUUGGACGCUGGCAAUCGGAUAGCUACUGUCGAUACAUCCGUACCCCUCAUCAUAUUCUCCGGAAAGCUCAAGCAGAAAUGUGCAAGAUUUCACCUGAUACUUAG